CUUUUUGAGGUGCUUAGAGUCUUGCCCAUGCGAAAUGUUACUAUAGCGUACCCGCAUCGCAAAAAUUCGAAUCCGUAUCUAACCCGUUCACUGGCCGGUGGCCGGUGAAAGCCCUGCACCCCAGCUUCCUGCUUCUACGCAACGCCGGGAAGGAAGCUGGUUGCAGUCUGACCAAAGCAAUAGCGGAGGGCUCCCAAACUGACGUGGCACUGAAAGCAAUGGGCAGUUCCAGCGGUGAAUCUAUCGACUGGAUUCGGGAAUUCAAGGCACCAGAUCGUUCUUUUGAACUUAGUUCUGAUACCUCUCCAGAAGUUACUCCAAAACCAUCCCAUGAUGGGCAUAAUGAAGUGGAGAGGCUUAGAAAGAAACGGGACACGGUCCUGAUUAGUAGUGGAGAAGACACUCCAGUCUCUAAGUCUGGAAAACCCAAUACCUAUAAAAGGAAGACUCACAUUCCAAAAGCUGAAGCGUUGGAUGCACCUGUGGAUGGGCAGGAAGAUACAAAAGCGAAGCCUGCGACAUCUUUAGUGUCACGACUGCCUCUGGUAUUCCCUGAGAAGGUGCAGCGCUCAAAGGCACUUGUUGAAUGUGAUGGCGAAUCCAUAGAUUUAAGUGGUGAUGUUGGUGCUGUCGGGCGAAUAAUAGUUUCUAAAGGCUCUUCUGGGAAUAAUGAAUUGUUUUUAGAUUUAAAAGGGACCAUAUAUAAGUCAACAAUAGUUCCUUCAAGGACAUUUUGCAUUGUUAGUGUUGGUCAAUCAGAAGCAAAGAUAGAGGCCAUCAUGAAUGAUUUUGUCAGGUUGGAACCUCAGUCAAACAUGUUUGAAGCUGAAACACUGAUUGAAGGCACGCUUGAUGGAUUCUCUUUUUAUUCGGAUGAGGAGGGGGAGAAAGUUUCCAAGGUUUUUGUCCAACAAAGUGAUCCAAACAAUGAGAAUGAAGGCCAAGCAAAUAAAAGAGCCAGAGGAAAAACUGAGAAAUCAUUGGUCACUCCGAACAAGAAGAAGAAACCUUCUGCAAAGGCACCUAAGAAGGCACCAAGAAAAUCUCAAGUUGCAAAGAGGACCAAAAAAUCUAAGAGAUGAGGUAAAAAAAAAAUAAUCAUGUUAUUGCAUUUUUUUUUAUUUUUUUCAUCCAGAAACUUCUAAACCAGAGAUUUUAGAUUUUUUUUAUAUAAAUUUAUUAUUUCGAGAUAAUCAUAAGAAGAAUGGCUGAAGUAUUUCUCA